AUGAGCUUUCUCUGCAGCGCGUGCGCAACAAACUUCGAGUCUGAGUCAAUUCGAAGAGAACACAUGCGCGAGCAAUGGCAGUGCGCUUGCUCCAAGGUUUUCGGAGAUGGCGUCGUUUCUACAAGCAUUGUCCCCGAGCUUGAGGCCGCAACGACGGCUGAAGACCUUGCCGAGGACGACGAGGAGGACGAGAAUGUCGUUCUCGAUCCAGCGAAUUGUCUCUUUUGCACAUCAUUUCACUCGGAAGUGUCGGAAAACCUAGUGCACAUGACUGCAGCUCAUGGCUUCACAAUACCAAAUCUGUCGACCAUCCAGACGGACUUGGAGACCUUCAUUUCUUACCUCUCGCUUGUCGUGAACAAGUACCACGAGUGCCUUCAUUGCGGACACGUCAAACACUCAGCACAAGCCGUUCGGGCGCAUAUGUCUGAUAAAGGUCACCGGAAACUGGAUCUCUCCGAAAACUCCGAGUACCUCGACUUCUGGGACAAAUCGGACGGAGAAGACGAUGAAGAAUUCGAGGAGGACCAGAUGAAGCAUGAUGCAGGUGGAACGGUCCGCCUUUCGAACACAGAAUUACGGUUACCGUCAGGCGAGAUUGUGACAAGUCGACACGGCGACCAGCCGAACGCAAGUCGAUCAAAGAAAGCAAGACUGUCACGACAGCAAUCUACCGCCUUGGUCGCUUCCACGCAACGCAACGUGGAAGACAGUCCAGAUGACUCCAGUGCCACAGCGCCGAAAGCAUCUCGUAACACAACGCGCGCUCUGGCCCUCCGCUCGAGCAUGGAUCUUACCGGGCUAUCCGACUCUCAGCGUCACUCUCUCGCAGUCGAGCAAAGGAAGAUUGAUCUCAGCGCUUUCCGGACUCGCAACAAAGCACAGUGGACACUGGAGAAGAUGGGUAACAAAGUCAAGCAGAAGCACUUCCGAGUAGGUUCUAUAUGCCGGUCGGGCCUUUUCAUCGAUCCGACCAUGUUCUAA